GGCUGUCGUGAAUCGGCAGUAGAGGGUGUCAUUGAAGCAGCACUCCCCAAUCGGCCCUUCUUAUCGCCGAGUGGGCAAACUGAGGCACUUGCUCCGCGCUGUGAAAUCCCAAGCGCUCAAGGCCCCUUUCCUUAUUCAAUUGCCAGCAUUAAAUCGAUCACUGAAUCAUUGCAAGCACUUGCUUCAGGCUACCAUAUUCCCUUUCCCCCAUCCAUCAACCAUGGCGGCCCAUCCUGAGCCCUCACCUAACAAGACCAUAUGUAUAAGAAAUCUGGACUUCGACACAACUCCCGAGAUCAUCUCACAUUACGCAGAGCGCUACGGCGACGUCAGAAACGUCGUCCUCCCUCAUAAUCCAGAGACAGGGCGUUUACGUGGGUUUGGAUUUGUCGAGUUCGCUACUCAAGAUGGGGCCGAUAGGGCACGGGUAAAUCUGGACGGCAGAGUGAUCCUACGAAGGAGAGUAACGGUCACCUAUGCCAUUAUUCCGGCUCUGGGGCCUCCCCCUGUUGGCCAUCUACCCGCACCCGCACCCGCACCCCCACGCCCAAUAAGAAUACCAGCACCGCGAGUGCCCGACCCACACCCCCCACACCCUCCACACCCUCCUCAUCCUCCACACGUUCAACCCGAUGGUGAGUCUUCCGCCUGCGUCCCGCACACUGACUGAAUGGAGCGAAGGUCCUUCAGAGGAACCUCGCAGGCGUCCUCCGCCUGGCGGGCCCGACAGUCGUCCGCUCGACGGUGGAAGGGCGGGGGCCCAGGUACACGAACCUAGGGACCGGGACC